UAUAUCAUCUUUGAUCAAUGGUAAUGCGAUCUUGUAAUCUGCGAGAAACGUCAAAAACGUUAGACUAUGUAGGUUCGUGCAGUAGGAGAUAGGUUGGAUAGACACAAUCAAACGUGUUUGAAUGUUUACAAGCGUAUUGGAAACACUCGCGUGGAUGAUGCGAACAAACGGAAUAAGAAAUUUUAGGACGUGAUAGAAAUUUUAAUCGUCAUCCUUCCAACUAAAAGUAAAUGAAAGAUAUUUGUUUAGAACAGUCGUAGCAAAUAUUUUUUUACUAUGGCUAACAGUCUAGCAAAAGUCUUUGCCACCGAAGAUUUCAAUCCCGAAAAGUUCGUGAAAGAACUUGGCGCACAAUGUGUUGGUGCAGACGAAUUGAGACAACAGAGAGCAAAAAUUCAAGAGUUGGCGAAUAAUACCUCUGCGCAAUUAAAGCGUAACGUUUAUCAGAAUUAUAUGCAGUUUAUAGAAACUGCUAAGGAAAUUUCACACUUGGAAAGUGAAAUGUAUCAAUUAUCUCAACUGCUCAGCGAGCAACGUUCAUUAUUGAGUACCUUAGGAUCUACCAGGACUACCGGCGUUACUUUUGGAGAUUUGUCUGAAUCCCAGUUAGAAGAUGUCAACGAUUCCACUGCCAAAGAGGAGGAACAAAAACAAAAGUUGGUGCAACUACUAGAAAACGUAGAAGGUGCUAUGAGCUUGGCAGAAACUUCCGGCCGUAUAUGUUUACACGAAGGUUCAUUGCUGGAAUUAGAUCCUUUGGAAGGGACGCCGUUGAAAAGAGUUCAUGCGUAUUUAUUUAACGAUAUUUUAAUGAUUGCUUCUUGGUUAGCAAACGGUAAUAGGAGAGGACCACCAAGAUACAAGAUGCAAGCUGUGUAUAACCUCGAAAGUUUGGCCAUUGUUAACGUCAGAGAUCUAGGAACGGUAAAAUUAGCGUUCAAACUUUUGGCGUUCUCCGAUACAAGAGUAUUUCAGUGUGCAACUGCAACGAGUAAAAAAGAAUGGUUAGACAAAUGCGAACAAGCAAAGAGAAUGAAGUUGAUCGAAGAUAAUCCAAACGAAGCGGCAGAUAAUGGUAAACGGUCGAAGGAGGAGAAAGCAAUACCUUCUAGGUCGAUGUCGCUCGAUUCUAAUACCCUUGGUGUAGACGAUGAAGAUACGGAAUAUCACGAACCACCACCAGAAUGGAUGCUAGAAGUGGCGGAGGAUUUAGAUUCUUGUAUAGCGCAGCGUCACUUUGAGGAAGCCUAUGGUCUUUUGGAAAAAGCAAAAGCCUAUUUAAAAGAUGCGCAAUUGACACCGCUUCUGCUUGAAAUCCAAUCAAAAGUAAAUGACAGAGGGAGAUCGUUAGUCGACGUUUUAACAAAGGAACUUGAAUCAAGCGCAGAAGCGAAAUCGUUGCAAGGUGGAGGUUUGAGAAGCGCGCGACGCGUGGUAAAAUUAUUAAUACAAUUAAAUAGAAGCGCUCAAGCCUGUCAGCUGUAUUUGCGACUAUGCGGUGCUGUAUUAAAGGCACGUUUGAAACGAGUGAAGAGAGAAGGAGCUAUCGCACCGUACGUGAAGCAACUUGGCGCAAUUGCCUUUAGCAAUAUCGUCGAGAUCACGAAAGAAUUUUUAAAAAUUUUUUCACAAUCGACGAAUUGUACAUCCGGUCUGGUUGUUUGGUGUAGCCAAGAAAUAAAACACUUAACAACACAUUUAACUAAACAGCUUUUUAUUCCACAAGUAUCUUUAAACACGCUAGUAGAAUGUAUAGUUUGUUUUCGGAGUCAUUGCGAUCAGUUAACGCAGUUAGGAAUGGAUUUCCGUUAUCAAUUGGACGGUCAACUCAGAUCCCCGUUAGCAAAAGCUAUACAAGAUACGGGCGAGAAAUACGUUGAGAUCGUAAAAAAGCACAUAGCCGAAGACACGUGGCGGCCAACUAAUUUAGAGACUUCCAAAAACGUUCAAAAACUACUGUCAGAAUUCGAGGUCUUGGGAAUAACUGUUCCAUCGUUUUAUUUAACAAACGAUUGUUGGAUAGCGUUAACUGAUAACAUUUUAACUUUUUCGAGACUUUACGUAAGUCUGUUGGAAGAUUGUCUCAGCGUCGCUACACCAGAGUUAAUGGCUAUAAUAGACACGGUUUUAGUAUCGGUGAUGCGAACUCAAGUACAAUACAUAAUUGCGUCGCUUACGAAUCCGAAAUUAAAACUCGAGAAACAAUUGGUGUACGACAAUGCUUCGUAUAUUCGAGAUGUUGUAAUCAUGCGAGGACUAGAGUUAUACAAGUCAACAACAAAUCAAAUCUUUAAGAAAUUGUUGGUUCUAAAGGAACAAAUCGUACUCGAUUCAUCGUCUCCGACCAAACCAAAAUCUGCUUCUAAAACCGCGAUACCAAAAUAUUCUGCCACGGAAUAUAUUUAAUAAUAAAGUAAAAUUGCAAGUGUACACAUAGAGAUAUAGAAAACAAUUUACAAAGAAAAUAAUAGAACGUUUCACACUGUACGUGUCUGUAUUAUAUUGUACAUAUAAGUCAAUUUGAAUUUCUUUUAACAAUUACAUAUAUUGGGUUCUAAUAUUUUUCCCCGUUUCCAUCGCAGGUAUAUAAAAUAAUAAUACUCGUUAUACAGAGAAAAAGUAAGAGUACGUGUGUUACAAUCAGGAAAGUGCGAAUAGUUUUGCAUCGAAACAUAUGAUUUCCUGUUACAAUUAAUAUGAAAUAUUUACAGAUCAAAAAUUAAACGAACAUUAAAUAUAUUAUACAGUUCUACUUG